AUGGGUAUCCUCCUGAGCCGUCUUCACCAAGCCGUAAUGAACUUCUCUGGCACAAAUGCUCGGAUCAUAAUGCUGGGUCUGGACGCUGCUGGAAAGACCACCAUUCUAUACAAGCUGAAGCUGAACGAGGCAGUCUGUACGAUCCCCACAAUUGGGUUCAAUGUUGAGACUGUUGAACCCAUCCGCAAUGUGACCUUCACUGUAUGGGAUGUGGGAGGUCAGGACAAGAUCCGAGUCCUGUGGAAGCAUUAUUUCCAAAACACAGAUGGCCUUGUAUUUGUGGUGGAUAGCGCCGACCCUGAACGAUUUAAAGAGGCUCGGGCAGAACUAGAAUCCAUCUUGGAGUCUGAUGAAAUGAAAGGAGUACCCUUCUUAGUGCUGGCUAAUAAGCAGGAUGUUCUUGGUGCCAGGAGACCCGGUGAACUGGUGGAGGAGUUGGGUCUGAGAAGCCAAAGAGGACACCAGUGGCAUGUCCAGGGAUGCUGUGCCACCAAUGGUGAUGGACUUGUGGAGGGCCUGGAGAUUCUCACUAACUAUGUUAAAGACUUCAAGAAAAGUAAACCAUACUGA